CAUAAGAAGUUUAAUUUUAUUUUUGUUUCCUGACAGAACACCAAAAACGAUUUUAAAAUGUAGUUUUAUGUUCCAUACGUUAAGGUGACCCAAAUUAGAAUUUUAACUCAUUCACUGCAAUUAACCGUUAUAUAUGUCAAAUUAGCAUUUUAACUGGGAAGACUGCCAAUAAUAUCAAGGAAAAGAGCACAUGAUUUCCGUUGAGACUUUUUAACAAAACAACAGUGACACAUACCAAGUUAAAAAAAUGAACAAUCCUCGUAGUAAAAAAAAAAAAAAAGUAGAAAAAAACACAAUGGCCUAAAGGAGCAUCCAUCAAAUAUCUAUUUUGAUACUGUAUAUAGGUUACUUUGGAUUUCUUUAGUAUAUGCAGUUUUAAAUUUCUUUUAAAACUGUGUUACUUUUACAUGAUUUGAUAACUUCACCGCCAGACAGAUGUGACACAAAACACAAAAUGAGUGACAUUUAACCAAUGAAAAUUAAAUGCUACUUUUGAAUUGUGCCUCAACAGAAUUUGUUUUUUUAUGGUAUGGUUUUCAGUGAUAGCUCACAAAGGUGAUCUAGUAUGGAAGUAAAUAUGUGCCACCGGGAUUUGAAUUUGAAAUGCCACAGAAAACGGAAUUUGAAUUUGAAAUGUGAUCACAUUUUCAGUGUAUUUCAGUGUAACUUUUCAUUGUUAACAGUUCAACUGGCUACAAUUCGCUGUCUGGAAUUCAACCGGCUAGAUUUAGGGUUAGCAUGUGACGUCACGUGACUAAAAAAAUCGUAACUGGAUUGGCUGGGUGUUGGGUUCUGACUUGAAGUAACCCUGCCUUCUUAACACUGAAUUUGGCCAGUUGAAUUCCAGACAGCCAUUUUCUUUGCCACAUAUCCUCACAAGUGUCGCAGGGCGUGCUGGAGCCUAUCCCAGCUGUCAACGGGCGGGAGGCGGCGUACACCCUGAACUGGUUGCCAGCCAAUCGCAGACUUUAUCUCGCCGUUUUGUGCGCAGAACAAUAAACGUCGUGACGCUGCGCGGCAAAGAGGAAGCUCUCGGUGCGCUGACGAGAAAAUACGUCAUUUGGCCUGCUCAGUCUGCUUCGUGACUCCGUGGGACGGAGGCAGCGCAGCCUUCGUUUAUGGCCGUCCUGGAGAGAAACAACAAAAUCCUGCUGGAUUUGAGGCGGCAGCCUUGGAACAGCACGUGUGCCGACUGUGGCGCCCCUGAGCCCGACUGGGCCUCUUACACGCUCGGAGUGUUUCUGUGCCUCAGCUGCUCCGCGGUGCAUCGGGACUUGGCCUCGAUCAGCCAAGUCAAGUCCAUACAUCGGGACCACUGGCAGGACUCCCUUGUAGAGGCCAUGCGUCAGAGAGGCAACUGCGUCGUCCAGGCCACCUUUGAGAAGAGCGUCCCCGCUUUCAUCUACCGGCCGCGGCCGACAGACUGCCAGGUUCUCAAGGACCAGUGGAUCCGCGCUAAGUACGAGAGGAGAGAGUUCACGGGAGAAAAAGGCUACUUUCAACAAUCUUAUGGUGCAGACACUAUUGAGGCCACACUGUGGAAGAAGUGCAAAAACAGCAAGCAGUUUUUGAAAAGGAUCUUCUUCCUGUCCCACAAAGACUUCACGCUCAGAUACUUCACCAAAGAGGAUUCCAGAGUUCCCAAAGCCGUGAUCAGCAUGAAGGAGCUCAAUGCAGUUUUCCAGCCCGAGAAGCUCGGCCACGUUCACGGCCUGCAAAUCUCCUACUUGCGGGAGGCGCGGACCAGGAACAUCUUCGUUUACCAUGAGAAUGGACAGGUCAUUGUUUCCUUUUUCAACGCGAUCCGAGCGACACGCUUGGCUUACCUCCAGAAGAAGCAUCCCACCCUUCGACAAAGCGAGUUAAUACCUCAGAUUACGAGACGCUGCCUCAUGGAGGGAUACAUGGAGAAAACUGGACCAACGUGCGUCUGCCUUACAGUUCUGGUGACCGGGGUUCAAAUCCAGGCCCCGCCUGUGUGGAGUUUGCAUGUUCAUCAGCGGGAGCCAUUCAGGAAGAGGUGGUUCACGCUGUGCUUAAUAAACAGGAAGCUUCUAUACUAUAAAUCUCCACUGGACGCCAGCGAGCUGGGCGCCGUCUUCAUCGGCACGGAGAGCCACGGCUACUCGGUGUCGGAGGGCGGCGGGCGCGGCGGCAGAGGAGGCCGCUGGCACCGUGCCGUCACUCUGCAGACGCCCGAGAGGCAGUUCGUGUUCACGUGCGAGCGGGAACAGGAACGGCGGGAGUGGCUCGAGGCCUUCGGGAAAGUCAUCGGUCAGCCCAUGACGCCGGAGGACUACGCAAAUGAAGCCAACUUGAGAAGGCGCAAAUGACCUGAAGACGUUUAACACCAAAUCGCACCAUCAUCCAUCCAGUUUCUUUGCCGCUUAUCCUCACAAGGGUUGCACGGAGUACUGGAGCCUAUCCCAGCUGUCAACGGGCAGGAGGCGGGGCACACCCUGAACUGGUCGCCAGCCAAUCGCAGGGCACAUGGAAACAGACAACAGUGACACUCCACACAGGGAGAGCUGGGAUUGAACCAGGGUCCUUAGAACUGUGAGGCCAAGGCUUUCCAGCUGAUCCACCAAACUUGCACCAUCAUUUUAUCUGGAUUAUUAAGGAUUGCGACACCUGGCCUAUAGAAGCUACACAGUUGGAUGUAAAAUGUCUUGGUAAACUCACAAACGGUCAUUUACGGGUUCAGUGGAGCCAAUCAAUGGUUUGCAUGGACUCUUCCCUGGAUGUAAAUAGUUGAGUAUGUGUGAUUUUGGUAUCAUUAUUUGUAGUAGUAGUAUUAUUAUGUUUUUUUUUUCCUGUGUGUGUUAGGCUUGUACUGCAACAUCAGUUAAAGGUGCUUUCUUUUCAAAAUGAUAUGGGAGGUGGUGAAUAUAUAUUUAAAAAAAUUGCCCGAUUGAUGAUGUAAAUGAAAAUGGUUUUCAGUUUUACUUUCACAAAAAGUACUUUUUCACAAGUUUCUUUCGUUUGUGACGUUUUUAUAUUCAAUCUGCAUUUUUUAUGUGUUUGACAAUUUGGGAAACCAUAAUGCUGUAGACUAAUAAAUGUCAUAGUACUGUGAUCCACGUUGUACGUAGUACAAUCAGGGUAUGACAUAAAUCCAAGUCACGGGUGGGCAAACUUGUGUUCAAGUGCCACAUUUGUUUUUUUAAACAGACAGGUGGUUUGACUUUUU